AUGCGUCUGACCAGGCAAAGACAACCUCGUAACCCAGACGAUUUCCCUACCGUGCAGCUCUUUAUCCUUGGCAUUGUUCGUCUUGCCGAACCCAUUGCCUUGACCUCAAUCUUCCCAUAUGCCUGGGCACUUGUGAAGAAGUUUGAAAUCGGCGCCGAGGAAGAUGCUUCAUUUUACGCUGGCUUGCUCAUCUCGAGCUUCUCCCUUGCGGAGGCCUUGAUGGGCAUGUACUGGGGUGGCCUUUCGGACAGAAUUGGGCGGAAGCCGGUUCUUCUCCUUGGUUGCAUUGGUACUAUGUUUAGUAUGAUUGCUGUCGGGUUUGCAUACAAUAUCUGGAUCGCCCUAGCCGGCAGAGCAAUCGGUGGGCUCCUCAAUGGAAACAUUGGAGUCAUUCAGACCAUGGUUGGCGAGUUGGUCAGCAAGCCAGAGCAUGAGCCGCGCGCAUAUUCGAUUAUGCCAUUUGUUUGGUCCAUCGGCACCAUCAUUGGACCUGCGAUUGGAGGCACAUUUGCAGACCCUCACAGCUCGUUUCCCAACGCUUUCCCCAAGGGGUCGCUCUUUGAUCGUUUCCCCUACCUGCUUCCUAAUCUCGUCUGUGCCAUGCUGCUACUUGUUAGCAUCACCCUCGGAUACUUUUUGCUGGAAGAGACGCACCCGGACAUGCAGCCACGCUCAAUGAUGCCAGAGGAUACAUACGUUUCUGAUGAGACCCCAUUGAUUGAGACGUCGGAUGCGCUCAAGCGUCCUGCCGUGGAUUUGCGCGCUGAAACCUACGGGACUUUCCAGCAGUCGAGGAGGGAAAGCAACGUUGGAGGAGCGGGUGGUUCGACGAGGGCACAAGCAGUCGCAGCUAUUGCCGCGGCCCAGAGGAAGGAUGAGAAGCAGCAGGAUGGCACGGCGACUUACAGCAUCCUCAACCCGCGCAUCGUGGCCAUCAUCAUCUCGCUUGCGAUUUACACGUACCAUUCGAUGAGCUACGAUCACCUGCUACCAAUCUUCUUGGAAGACGAGCGAAACCCCGGUCGUGUUUCCGACAACGGCAUGGGUCGGAUCAGCACUAUGGCUUCCCUCCCGGACGUUUUCUUGCACUCUCCUGGGGGUCUAGGCCUGUCGUUGCCAACUGUCGGCAUGAUCAUGGCUGUCAACGGAGGCAUUGCGCUCUUCGUCCAGGCUGUCGUGUUCCCCAUCUGCGCCGAGCGUUUCGGUGUCUAUAGGCUUUUCAUCGUCUCCACUUUGCUGCACCCGAUUGCCUACAUCAUCGUGCCGCCCCUACUUUACGUUCCGGAGAACUGGCUGUUCUCGGCCAUCUACGUCUGCCUGGCGGUCCGAAACCUCUUCCUCAUCAUCAUCUACCCGCUGCUUCUGAUCCUGAUCAAGGAGGCUACACCGAGCCCCACGGUUCUGGGCAAGGUGAAUGGUCUCGCGGCCAGCGUCGCAGCAGCUUGCCGCAUGGUCGCUCCCCCAGUCGCCGGGUACCUCUACACCAUCGGAAGCCGUAUGGACUGCACCGGCCUAGCCUGGUACAUGAGUGCCCUGGUUGCGGUCAUCGGGGCUAUCCAGUGCUUUUCGGUCGCACGUCCGAGGAGCUUGGAGAAGUCGCAGGAGCAGCAUGAUGAGGCCUCUGAGAGCCAGAUCGGUCUAUCGACCGAAUAG